UCUGACACUGUCUCUCUCUCUCAGUAACGCGAAUACACAAGUCCUAAUCUUUCUCUAGAAAGACUUAUUAUUCCUGAUCUUUUGAAUCUUCUUCAUUGUUACUCAAAACUUCACCAUCCAUCAUGAGUGUUCGCACACAAGCACCCCACCAUGUCCAGGUCCACACCACAACCCAAAGCUACGAAGCUGGUGUCGCUCCUGGACCUCGAUAUGAGCGUGCUGGUGUUCCCCCACAGUUUUAUGAAUCUGGAGGUAAGACUGGUUCUUACCCUGCCGAGAGAGUUCCCUCCGCCUCCCAGAUCCUCGCUGUUGUCUUCGGCCUUCCAGUCGGUGGCGUCCUCCUUCUUCUGACCGGACUUACUCUGGCAGGAACUUUAACUGGGCUGGCGGUGGCGAUCCCGCUUUUCAUUCUGUUCAGCCCAAUUCUGGUUCCAGCUACCAUGGUAAUCGGGCUGGCAGUGGCGGGGUUUUUGACGGCGGGAGCUUUCGAGCUGACGGCUGUGUCGUCGUUCUCGUGGAUCUUGAAUUACAUCCGGGAGAGCCAGGGGCCAGUGCCGGUGAACCUGGCCGUAGCGGCGAAGCAUCAGCUGGCGGAUGCUGCAGAAUACGUGGGGCAGAAGGCAAAGGAAGUGGGGCAGAAGACAAAGGAAGUUGGGCAGGAUAUACAGAACAAGGCUCAGGAUGCAAAGGAAAAGAGUCCGCAGGAAGCAAAAGAUGCAAAGGAGAUGAAGAGAACACCACUAACAGCAACAGCCACAACAGACUUAGUAAUGUGAUAUGAUGCGGUUUAUGUCCGGAAAUAAUAAUGUACCUCUUGGUUUGCACUUGUCAGUGCUGUGUCUUCAGUUAUUGUAUGUAGGUCUGUGUUUUGUUGUCUGGCUUGGUUUGUAGUUUUUGUUGUCUAGCUUGGUUUGUAGAGGGAUGUACUUUGGUUCAUGCCAUAUAAAGGGGUACUACUAGUUGCCACUCUGGUGUAUAUGGACGCUGGAAAUGUGUUCUGUAGUCUUCACUUCACUGUUGAGUUCAAUGUGAAAUUUGUUUUGCCUUGGUUA